GAGUAAUCCGUCAUGAUCGUCUUCUUCGACAUACCCUGCAAGGUCGCCGGCCGGGCCUGGUCCCCAAAUGCCUGGAGAGUCAGGUGCGUCAGACCUGUACCCCUAACCUUAAAAGCGCCGAGCGCUUAUCACACUGGCUCCAAGAUACGCGCUUAACUACAAGCGGAUCCCAUACCGAACGGAAUGGGUCGAGUUUCCAGACAUAGAGCCACUUGCCAAAGCGAAGAGGAUCCCGGCCACGGCGAUCCAGAAGGACGGCACAGCACUUUACACCCUACCCGCGAUAUUCGAUCCAUACACCCAACGCUACGUCUCAGACUCCGCGCUGAUCGUGAAGUACCUCGACUCUGCCUACCCCGAUACACCCAAGGUGUUCCCACCGGGCACGCGCGCUCUGCAAGCUGCGUUCCAGAGCGCCUUCGUACCGAAGAUCAUGCCCCUGUCGACAGUCAUCGUCCCGUACGUCACCGACAACCUCAACGAGAAGAGUCGACCAUUCUUCCAGAGCGAUAGAGAGAAGAAGUUUGGGAAGACUAUGGAGGAGCUCAAGACCAAUCUCGAGGAGAGGCAGAUGAAUUGGGAAAAGUUCAAGGACGGUAUGGGGAGAAUCGACGGGUGGUUCACCAAGAACGACGAAGAAGGCUUGUUCAAGUCGGAUUUCAUCAUGGGAGACCAGCCGGUGUUUGCGGACUUUGUCAUUGGAGGAUUGCUGGCCUGGAUCAGGAAUGUGUGGGGGGAAGACAGUGCGGAGUGGAAUGAGAUGAAGGGAUGGCACGAUGGCCGGUGGUUGCGAUUGGUGGAUCAGUUAAGAAAGUACGAAACUGUACAUUAAAUUGAAGUAGGAAUUACGAGCACUACUAGGUCC